CCUUUUGUAUUUUUAUUUUUUCCCCCUUUUUGUUUUCAUAUUAAACUUCUAUGGAUCAGCUUUUAUUACCAGAUGACGUUUCGACCUAUUUAGCAGAAAAUAGCGUUCGAUCUUUGACAACUCCUACAUUUAUACCGGCUGUGAUUUACAGCGCGAUAGGCAGUAUACUAACUUUUGCUUUAUAUGAUAAAUAUACAAGAAGAGGUUACUUUUUACCUUAUCUUUACUUUGGAACAGCAGCAUUAUUAUACUCACUGGCACAUAUCUUCCUAAUCAUUUUCACGGAGGAAGAAAGACAGCAGCGACCAGAAGAGAUAGAAGACCACCAUGAGAACGACAAAGAUCUCACGCACGAAAACGCCUUGUACGGCUCAAUCGUUAUUACAGCAGUGGGAUCCUACUUUGCCGUGAUUGCAUUGAUUCGUUUAUUGGAAGUAUGGAUUCGAGUCGGCUUACAAAGAAAUCUUCACCUGUCUAAAUAUUAUUUGGGAAUCUUGAGUGCCUUAUUAUCAGCCAUUCCGUUUAUUCUCUCACUAUCAGGCGAUAUCAUUCUUGUCACGGAAUCUCAUAAAGAAGAAGAGAGAGCUAGAGUGGUUCGAAAAGCCUUGAUAUUGAAACUGCUUGGAGCAACUUUCAAUGUGAUCCUGAUCCUGGUGUAUUUAAUUCUUUGCUCCGCCUACGCUAUCUCGGCUUUUAUUUCGAAUAUUGCAGAGGAGAGCCGUCGAGACUCAAUUAGCCGUGAUUUGCCAUUGGAUAAAAAGAUCCACGUAAAAAAGACAUUUCGUGACACAAUCAUCAUGUUAUUGGUACUGGGGUUGUUGACGAUGGCUCGGUGUGUCUAUGACUUGUAUGCAGUGGCUGAACUGAUCAAGAUAGGUCCCUUUUGGGAUAUAUACAGCUACUUGAUACUAGUUGUUAUUGACGGAAUUGCUUUUUUAGUCAUGGCCUUUCUCUUGAAUCUAUCUCGUGUCAACGAACUAGUGGUGUUUAAACAUAUGAAGCCUGGUACGCUUAUUAAAAAGAAAAAUAACCACAAUUCUUUGAACAUGGAAGAAGUAAUUCCUCUAUCUCGUUCACCAAUUCAUAUCGAGGAAUAUCGUUGAGCAUGAUUCUUUUUUUUCUUUUUUUUUUUUUUGUGGUAGUCAUACACAAAUUUAUAGAGGUGUAUUACAAAUAAACAAAUAUUGUUGCUAUCCAG